GUGGAGUUCCCCCUUUCGCCUACACAGCUCUUAUAGAUAGCCGAGCGCACAGGAGCGGCAUUAUCAAAUUCGGCUCUGGUCAGACAUCUCAACUGCAUUUCAGCAACAAGAUUGGCAAUAAAGAGUCUACAUUUUCUUUACAAGGACUAACUAAUAGCUACCGAGCGACUCAGAGAUGGCCAGUGAUAGUCAAGUUGUGCUGGAUGUAGAUGCACCCCGGGUGAUGCUUGUACGUGAGAAGGCCGGGUCUGCUUCAGGAAUCUGGAGAACGUGUGGAGUUCUUCUGGCUGUGGCCCUCUGUGCCGCUGCCGCCGUUUGCUUUACUCAAAACAAGACACAGAGUAGCCCAGAUGAAACCCAAGAAAUCAAGCACUCGCUGAGGCAAAUUUCCGGGUCUGCGAAGGCAGCGAUUCAUCUCUCAGGUCGCUACAAUGACCAGAUUUCAAACACAUCGGUGCAGUGGCUCAACAACGCCGACCAGUCUUUCGUUUCUGGCCUCAAACUAGAGAACAACGAGAUCACGAUUUUCCACAGCGGCCUCUACUUCGUCUACAGCCAGGCCUCAUACCGACUGAGCUGCACGACCAAUGACGAGGAGGCAGAGGGCCAGGUGCUGCACCUGAGCCACUCCGUGAAGCGCAAGUCUGACUCCUAUGGCUCAUGGAAGCCGCUGCUGAGUUCCACGAGGUCGGCCUGCAAGCUAACAACAGACGAUGAACUCACAUACUGGUACGGCACCAUCUACGUUGGAGCUGCGUUCAAACUAAAGGCCGGAGACCGACUGUGCACCGUCAUGGACAACAAACUGCUGUCCAAUGUGGAGACCGCCGGCGGGAAAACGUUUUUCGGCGCAUUCUCUUUAUAAAAAAUAUAAAACGUGUUAUAGAAUUUCAUUUCUAUUUGAAAAAAAGAAUUGUUGUUUUAUAUUAAAACAAUAUUCGAUUUUUAGGGAAACCAAUU